UAAAAUUUCCUAGGAUGGCCUGAGUGAUGGGCAUGGUUCAUAAUGAAUCAUUUCUAAAUGGCUUCUGAAGCCAUGGAUAAUCAGGUAGCAUUACCGAAGCAGGACACUGGGACUGCACCCACAUCUGGAACACCACCGGCAUUCUUUGUCAUUCUUAAGCAAGCCCAAGGAGUCAACAGUACAGAGCAGGGAAUAUUAGUAGCCAGCAGUGAUGUUCAUACAGCUUCCACUGGCGAAGUGGUCGAGGCAAAGGCCAAACCCAAGACUGGCCUUCCAGCACAGUGCAUCUCUGGAAAUGUUACAGUGACACUAGACAAUAACAGCAUGUGGAAUGAGUUUUACAUGUGUAGCACAGAGAUGAUUUUGACCAAACCAGGCAGGAGAAUGUUUCCAUACUGUCGUUACCGUAUAUCUGGAUUAGAUCCCUUUCAGAAGUACAUUCUUGUAAUGGAUAUCACGCCUGUCGACAAUUAUCGUUAUAAAUGGACUGGACGAUGGUGGGAAGCUACUGCAAAAGCAGAGCCCCAUGUUCUUGGGAGAGUUUUUAUUCACCCAGAAUCACCAUCCACUGGCCAGUUUUGGAUGCAGCAUCCUGUUUCUUUUUAUAAACUGAAGCUCACAAAUAACACUUUAGACCAAGAAGGACAUAUUAUCCUUCAUUCCAUGCACCGCUAUCUUCCACGUCUCCACAUUGUACCUGCUAGCAAAGCUCCAGAGGUUAUUCAGUUGAAUGGUCCUAGUGUGCUUACUUUCACUUUUAUGCAGACAGAAUUUUUUGCUGUUACAGCAUAUCAGAACAUUCAGAUUACUCAGUUAAAAAUAGAUUAUAAUCCUUUUGCAAAAGGAUUUCGGGAUGAUCCUUUGAACAACAGGUUAGGGAAAGAUGGAAGACAGAAGCCUUUCAUGGACCAUUUAGAGGAAGAUAAAACUACAGAUGAUGAUAGUUUGUGCAAAACGACCUCCAUCAGCCCAAGGAAAAUCUCUGAAGAUCCAGGCAAUUCAAGCAAGAAUUCAAGUGGUCCUAGUACUCCUAGUUGCAUUGUGGACUCUGAACCACAUAUCUUCAAUACCGAGAAAGAUAUUGUGGGAUUAGUGAACACCAAUCUAGACCAUUCUAGUUUAGAAACAAAACAUCAUGCAUUACCAUUGGGCGAUGCCACUGUCACAAAACUGUUGGAAAGUCCUUCCGAUUCUGCAUCGCCAGCAGUUUGUGAACCUGUCAGUGUUAUCAAGGAAGAGCCUCCAGAUAAUUAUGACUAUAGUGCAACACUCUUUACAGAUACAACUGUAAAACAGGAGAGCACAGAUGAUACUUCUUGCAGUGAAGAUGACCCUGUACUGGAGCGGCAACUUAGAAACCAUGACAGUGGGAAGUGUGUAGACUCUCGGCAUCGUUCCUUGAAGCGAUCUUCGAGCAAACCUGCUGGUGUUGCAAAAGCAAAAAUGUUAAAAUUAGAGAGUGGCAAGUUGCCUGUCGUUUACAUAGAACCGUGCUCCGUCACCAGUAGCACAGUAAAACUUUCAGAAUUGCCAGAGAGUCUGAUUUCUCCUAAAAAGAAAAAAGAUGCUUCAAAAAUGAGCCCUUUGGGAUGUGUUGAAACUGAAGAAACCAUUCUGACUACAGAACAUGAAUUCUCUUCUUCCAAGGAUGCAGUCAAGGAUAAGGAGGAAAAGAAUUUUUCUGUUGCAGUACAGCAUAAGUCUGAAGGACAUAAUGAAACUAGUGCACCUCCCGUGUCAACUGGAGAUGGCAAGGAAACAUUAGAUCAUUUGCUGUUUGCAGUUGCUGGUUGGGUAAAAAAGAAGAACGUAUCUGAAAAAGUGUCAGUGGGAUUAGCUCAGGGCUCUGCUGGAACAGUGCCUAAAAGAGGCAGACCACGAAAGGCUAGAUAUUCUAGACUUGGUCGACCACCCAAAAAACUGGGAAUGUACACUGCUGUGGAUUUUGUAGAUGGUGCAGUCCCAGACACAAAACCAGAUCUUGAAGACGUAGAUGGAGUCUUAUUUGUGUCCUUCGCAUCUAAGGAAGCCCUUGAUUUUCACAUGGUUGAUCAUGAUCAGGCACCUGUUCAUUCAACAUCAGUGAAGUCUGCACCACAGCCAGCAACACCUAUCUCUGCCGUAGCUAGAAAGGAAGAAGAACGUGAAACAGAUCAGGAGAAGAUCUGGUUACAAGAAGAAGAGUUGCUGGAAAACUUGAAGUAUUUAAAACACCGACAAGUCAUACAUCCAAUCCUGCAGGAAGUUGGUUUAAAGUUGAACUGCAUUGACCCUGGUAUGAGCAUCGAUUUGAAGUAUCUUGGCAUUGAGCUGCCCAUGCCGCCACCUUUCUGGGAAAUAACAACUAGCCAUACAACAUCAUCCCCAGAUGUGGCUUUGCCAUUCAUUUCCAGGACUGGCAAGACAAACGAUUUCACGAAGAUCAAAGGGUGGCGGGCGAAGCUUGCACAAAAUAAUGGACCAUCCACUUCUAAAACCGACAACUGUAGUGUUGAAAGCUCCUUGAAACACCGAUCCGCUUUCUGCAGUGAUAUGCUAGAUGAGUAUUUGGAAAAUGAGGGGAAGCUUGUAGAAGAAAAUCAGCCCAUGCCUCAGAAGACAGCAACUGCUUCAGUGACAUACCAGUUACCCACUAAAAGUAGCAGCUAUGUACUAACAUUGGAAACUGUUUUGCAGAAAAAGCCUCAAACAUCUCAACAUACAGAUGUGGUGAGAAAUCAGGCUGUGAAAUUACCUUCUCCAUCUACAAAAAAAUCCCACCUAGGUAAGAAAUUGAAAGUUUCCCGUAAUAAAAAAGUGCCGCACAUUAGCCAAGUGAAACAGAAGGAGGUCAGUACAUUGAAAUCUCCCCCUGUAACUUCUGAGAAGCCGGAACAACCCUUGCAGAAUACAGCAGUAACACAGAGCAUAGAAAACAUUGCCUCUCUUCCACUGCCGAUGGUGGACGAAGGUACAUUUCAUAAAGAAGUUAACUUGCGGGCACAAGCAAUACAGCAACAACAGCAGGCACAGCAGCGACUUUUGGGACUGUCAAAAGCACAGAUAAAGUUAAUGGAUUUGGAGACUCUGGCAUUAUGGGAAGGGAAGCAACGGACCCACAUCACUGAGGAUAGGGCAGACAUUGCCUUGUCUACUUUGCUAACUGCUCAGGGAACUCUGAAGGCCAAACCUGUACACAAAAUCAUCAAGAGAAGGACACCUCCUUGCAAUAAUGAUUUCUGUCGUCUUGGCUGUAUUUGUGAAAGUCUCGCCCAGGAAAAAAGGCAGCCAGCUCACUGCAGGAGGCCAGAGUGCAUGUUUGGAUGCACUUGCUUAAAGAGAAAAAUGGUGCUGGUUAAAAGUUGUUUCAAGAGCAAGAAAAUCCAUAACAAGUCUACCCAGGGAGACUUAAUUCAUUCCAGUGCUUUAGAGGAAGAGGAAGAUGGCGAAGAUGAAGAGAAGGUCAAAUUUAUGAAGAAGAAGAAGUUGGAGUACACUAUUUCAGAGCCAGUAAUUGUCCAGCCUUUUCGUCCUGUUCCAUUGUGGGUAAAGUCAGAUAUGGAUGAUGAUCCUGAACCCAUUUAUGUCCCAACACCUUCUGUAGACGACUCGUCAAAACUUCUCCCUUCUAACUUACUUGAACCUCUUCCUUCAAGCAAGAGUAGAUCCACCCCUGCAGGGAAGUCUGGAAGAAUAUACACUCCUAAGCCAAACCCAGUGGUUAGAGAUGAGGACAAGGAUCCUGUGUACUUGUAUUUUGAAAGUAUGAUGACCUGUGCUAGAGUCCGUGUCUAUGAACGUAAACAGGAGGAUGUGCAGCCUGUCCUCUGUACCUGUAAUUCCAUCUACUGCUGUCGAAAGGGUGACCUACAACAUGAAAUGAUUAAAGGCAACAAGACAGUGGAGGGCUGGGGUAAACUAAAUGAGUGCACAGUAGAUCCUGAGGAUGACAGUUCCUCUUCUGCCUCAGAAGAUGAGAGUUCUUGCUUGUUGCUGCCACCCGUGGAGGGUCACAUCAAGUUGCUUGAUGUCAUUCCUCUGUCUCACUCGGACAAAUUUCCCAGUAAAGUGAUCAGCAUCAUGUCUCAGGUAGUUCCAAAGAGUCACUUGCCUGCUCCAGAGACCUUCAGAAUUGGCAGGUUCACUAUUGAACUGACGACCCGCUGUGAAAGAAAAGGAGAUAGGAAGAUGCCCUUUUAUGCUUCAAAGCUGAAGAUUUCCAUGCCUUUAUGUGCCGGGGGAAUGAAAGAAACAACUACAUUACAUUCCACCACAGUUUUUCGUAGAGUGGAAAAUUUCAAGUUGUCACAGGAUGAAAUCCUUGGAAGGCUUAAGGAAAAGUGUCCUGGAGGUAAAGGAUUGCCAUUCUACAGUGGCCUUGCUCCUGCUGGGAGCCUGGUAGCUAACAGACGUGUCUGUCAUGCCCCUCCUUUUAGUCUUAUACAGGUUAACGGCAAGACUUGCCAACAGGCAAAAUUGUUUUUGGGACGGAUUGGUGCUCUGCAUCCAUCUAAUCGUGUGGCAGCUCUUAUUACUAGUCACUUGCAGCCUACAAUGUCUGAAACAUCCACUUUGAAUGCAGGGAUUGCCAAGACCUUAGCCCAAGCAGCAACUGUAGUGGUCACCACACAGACCACAAACAGCGUAACACGGCCGUUUUGUGCAUCUCGUCCUGUUACUGUGUCAGCCUCUCCUGUCAUUCCAACAGCAGUGUUAACAUCUUCUGUAUCUUCUGUCUUGCCACUUCAGAGCACUACAGGUAUUCGUCAAGCUUCUAGUGGCCUCUUCACUCAGUUUGUCAUCAACAAAGUUGGUGCUUUGCAGCAGAAGUUGCCUGGUAUCAGUACUCCACAGCCUGUCACUGGAUCCCAGAAGUUCAGCAUCAAACAGGCACCACUUCUUGUUGUGACACCAGUGACACUAUCAAGGGCAUCUCAUUCUCUUACGUCUGCCUCCACUGGCUGUUCCAGUAUGACUCCACCUGUAGCAGCUUUGCCUGUGCAGGUCUCCUCACCUUCUCCUCAGAUGUUAACAGAAAGUGCACAUUCUACUGGAAACUGCAGUACUCCAGUUUCACACAACACUGCCCCCUCAGCUGGGGUCAUCGAGCAGCAGGGUACAGAAGUUAAAACUUCUGAUAGAAGCCUUGCUGGAGCCAGUGGUCCUGUUAUAAACUGUUCAGACAGGAAUGUGGACGAUGAUAAUGCUGCAGCUAUGGUUUCUUGUACUUCUGCUUCCACCACCACCACCACCACCACCACUACCACCAGCACGUUUGUUACCACUACUACCACCAGCAGUGUGACACUGGCUUCAGAAUCUGUCUUGUCUGCAUUGACUGGCCAGAAGCAAGCAGAGGACAGUACUACAAGUGACACCCAGCCGAGAGCAGCAGUACCCGAGAGGCGAGUUGGUCCCCGGUUGCUUCUCAUCCCAGUUCGCACUAAUUCUCCUGCUGUUCAGUCUGCACAGCAAACACAGAUGGCACCAGGACAAAGAAUGGUAUUGCAGCCUAUCAGGUGUUCAAAUGGAGCAAAUUUGUUUCGCCACCCCAAUGGUCAGAUUAUACAGCUUGUCCCCUUGCAUCAGUUACGGCCUUCUGGUACCCAGCCAAGUUUUCAGCAGCUGGUGAUACGUAAUCCAGGAGCUCCUCCAUCUGUGCAGCUUCCUACUCCUCUGUCAGCCAAGCCAUCAGAAAAUCUUGCAUUUACUACCACUGCUGCUGUCCCCACUACCUUCCAGUCUUCUGCACCUUUGAGCAGCACAGUUACAUUGUCCACUUCUUCACCAGCAGCCAGUAACCUUAAAAGCAGGUCAGGUACAUUAACUAUGCGAAUAUCUCCUUCUGGUAUAAGUAAUGUGUCAUCAGUACAGAGUGCAGGUGAAGCCAGAGUUGUAACAUAUAAUGCAGCGGGGCAGUCUGGCAGUCCCUCUGGUGUGCUGCCCCUACAGACUGGCAGUUUUGCUUUGUUGCAGCUACCUGGGCAGAAGGUUGUCCCUAGUGCUGUUGUAAACCAUGCUACCAUGCUCUAUGCUGCAAAAGGUGUGCAGAAUGGUGAAGAUGGUGAGAAGAGUUCCAUUUCUACUCUGAAAGUGGAUGAUAACUCAACUUGUUCCAUUUUGAAAACAGGAAAAGAAAGCACAGUGUCAGACAGAACACAGAGCACUGAGAGGCCUGCUGUUAAACUUCCUGAUGAAAGUGUCAUUGCAAACAUAAGGGAGGAGCAGCACACCACAUCACUGCUGAGUCGGCCUGCUGUUAAACUUCCUGAUGAAGGUAUAAUUUCAAACGUAAGUGAGGAGCAGCACACCGCAUCACUGUUGAGUCAGAAUGAGUCUGUGGCACCAGGAUCUUCCCCAGCAGCUGCUGUGUCCAAUGAUCACUCUUACACUAUUGAACAACGUCACCACGGUAUUAGUGCAUCACCUGCAAAGGAUGCAACUGUUAUCCAUUGUCCUUCAGCAGACAGUGCCAUGUCAGUGUUGGAUACAGCAGAAGACAGUUUGUCUCCUGCUUCUAAACAAGCAAUAACUGCGGUAAGCAACUUUGCAGUAUCGGAAAGAGAACGCUUUAGUGAUACUAGGACAAAUUCCAGUUUAGGUUGUAGUCCCCAGACCAAAAAGUGCUGGUCCAAUGGCAAGACCGAUUUUAAACAGAACUUGGAAUCUUUCAAAUUGCAUAGCAAAGGAAUGUCCAUUACUGAAAAGAUAAGUAAGGUAAAGUUGCCACGAGCCAUGCCUGUUGCACCGAAGUAUGUCUUGGCUAAGAAGAGAGAAUGGGAGCCUGGUGAGAUUGUGGAUGGCAUUGAGGAAGAUAUUGCCACAGUGGACAUCACUGCUGAUGAGGAGGAGGAGAAGACAGAUGACUCUGCUGAUGAACUGACUGAUUAUCCACAGAGUGAAAUUGCUUCUGAUGGUCAGAGUGAAGUAGAGGAUGUGGAUGUUGAGAGGCUGGAUGAGUCAGAUUCCAUUGAUGAAGAUGAGGAUGAUGAUGAGCAUGUAGACAUUGAAACUGUUGAGGAACUUACUGAAAAAAUUAAUAUUGCCCGUCUGAAAGCCAGAGCAGUCCAAGUCAAGAGAAACAAGUGCCUGGUCCAUAAUCCUUUUCCUUCCAGAGAAGAUGAGAAGACUCUAAAGAAAAGCGGCAUCAGUAGACGCCAAAAUGAGUUGGAGCCUUUCCCUCGUUAUCGUGAAAUUCAUACAGCAAAUGAGCGCCGAAGGAGGAAUGAGAUGAGGGACCUUUUUGAUAAAUUGAAGAAAACGUUGGGACUAAUUAACCUGCCCAAAGUUUCCAAAUUUUACAUUCUGAAACAGGCUUUGGAAGAAAUUGAUAAUUUAACAGACCAAGCAGAUAAGCUCUUGGUCCAGAAGAGCAUGCUCACUCGGAGACGAGAAAGUCUCAUCCGGAAAGUAUCCAUCCUUUCAGGAAAGACGGAGGAAGUUGUCUUGAAGAAACUGGAGUACAUCUGUGCUAAACAGAAAGCUGUGGAAGCACAGAAGAGGAAGUUGACCUCUGUACCAGUCAAUGUUGAACUUAUGCAGCCCAGUCUUGUCUCAGAGAAAUGCCAAAUUUCGGAGGUUGUUUCAUCACUACUGCCUGAGAGUACUGAUAGUUUGGUUGCAGGAACUGUGAGGUGGGACAAACCUCUGAUCCUUCGAAGAAAGAAGUCAGCUGGUGAGACACCUUCAUCCACAGAAUUUCCUCUUGCAGCUCCAACUGCUUUGACUUUUCAGCUGCAAGGCAAAUCUGUUCAGGUGAAAAGGCUGCUUUCUGGCCCAUUUACAGCAAGUUCAGUCCCAUUUGUGCUUGUACAGAGUUCUUCAACUCCAACACCUUCAACUACAGUACAGACUUCAGAAUCUUAUCCUACUCAUCCAGGACAUGAAGAUGCUUUUGUCAUGCCCAAAAUUGUAAAUGUGACUUCACUGGCUUCAGAAAAUUUGGCUGUGACAGCUAGCAUAGAGGGAGAAGGUGCAGAGGGAAGUCUGGAUACUACAUUAAAACCUGUACUGGAGGAGCAAAUUUCUACCCCUUUAGAUGAAGAAGCAGUGGAGAUUACUUCAUCUGAGAAGUGCGGUAAAGAUUAUGCAAUACAGCAUCUUGAAAGAACUAUUACUGCAGCUGACACAUUAGAUAUGGUGAACCAAAACAAUGCAUUUAAAGAAGUUCCCAAAGUUAUGUUGUCACCAACACAGACUGGUACUAAAGCAGAAGCCGAUCUGAUUCCUCUUUCUAUUGCCAAGUCAACAAGUGUAUUUCAAAGAAGAACAACAAAGGCACUGGGAGAUUUUGUAGACAGUGAAGAGUCAUUUUCUAGCCUGCAAACUACAGAAGGUGAGGAUGGAGUUAGUAUCACAGAACAGGUGAAAAAGCCUACUAAAGACAUCUGUCUGGGAAUUUCUCAGGAACUUUUGACAAGUAUAGGUGAUGAUGACAGUACAGAUGAAACUUUGACAACACUGUUGAAUGAAAUUGCUUUUUUUAACCAGCAGCUUGACAGUGACGGUCCCAGCUUGUCCACAUUACCUGAGCCUUUGCCUGCUGACUUUGCAGAAGGUGAAAACAAUGUCAGUCUUGAUCUUGAACGUAUUGAAAAUUCAUCCUCUUUCCAGUUUGAGGGGAUGGACUUUAAAGAAAAGAGCAGAAACUGCGUGAGUCCUCUUCUGCUUGAACUUGAAGAGGAAGAACUAAACUUGUCUAGAGGUCAAUGCCAGAAGCCUUCUUCUGAAACUGAUGUAUUGAAAAUUGUCAUUGGCACCAAUAAGACAGACUUGUCACCUGUGCUUGUAGAAGAGGGGAACAGUAGUACAUCAGCACUUCCUUCUCUACAUGUAAAAGGUGCUCCUGGACCAAGCAGCACAGAAGCAGAUAUAUCUUGGAGACCCAUGCCCAAGUUAGCAUUAAUGGGAGUAAAACCUGCAAAGUCUUCAUCCCCACUGUCAUGUGCUGACCAAGAGCCACAGCCUGUUUUGUCUUUGCCACCAUUGGCACCCAGUGUUUUAAAGUCGGAUGUCUCUAACACAGACUUGAAUUAAUGAGGUUCUGUAAAUAGUUUUGGUAAUAAUGUCACAUAGUAAUUAAUAAAAUUAUGUAAGCUGCUGCAGUCAGUUGCAGUGUAAGUGAGAGUUGCAUCAUAUUGAUCCAACAGAGUGGAAAGUAAUGUAAUAUGUAAAAUAUCUCCCAGUUAAGGUUGUCAGGAUCAGCUUAGGGGACUGU